AUGUCUCGAAGCGCCAAACGAAUUAAACUUGAACCCGUCACACAUUCCAAUGGCAGUACCAAAGAGGUCAAACAUCCCCUAUAUUCGGGUCAAUUUAUGACGUCAAGCAUCGAAAAUGAUCCCGAGCCGAUCGAUGUACCGUGUCCAUCGCCGAUUCCUAAUGCGACAGCACAAGGUUUACCAAUUCUGAAUGAUGCAACGCAAGGUGGACCCGAACGACGUACCGAAGCUCACGGUCAAUUUUCGAGUCUCUAUUCACUUCUUCGUGUCUUCAAUCAUGUCUAUCGAUCGAACUUAACAUCGCCAAAGUGGAAGAAUUUUCGUGGAUCACGUAUUGAAUGUCAAGAUAAAAUUCGUUUGAAUAAUGUCAUUUGGCGAACGUGGCAUCAGCAAUAUAUUCUCAGUCGGAAUACGAUUGUUUGUCAGUUUGUGUCUCCAUUGGAUACAAGUCAAACUUUGCCAACACAAUUGACUCAACAAUCGAAACAACAAUUGUUGAACAGUUUGAAAGGUGAAUAUAUCAAAUGGAGACAAAAUUCGAAAAAAGCACUACGAAAAGUCGAAAAUGACAUUUCGAGUGAAGAAAUGAAGAAUCUGUUGGGAAAAGUUGCAGAGAUCCAUACACCAAAAGUAAUGCCUAACUUUCGUCGUCCGGCAACGCCAUCGCCUGAACCGUGUAAUCUCUUCGAUGAAUUCGAUCUCAUCGAAGACCAAUUGCUAUUCUCAACAACAAAUACAUUCAAUGACAAAGACGCUGUUGUGGUUGUAUUAGCUUUGUUCUGUGGAAAACGCGUGAUUUGCCAUGUUCAUGAACACAAUGGUUUAUUUUUAGGUCUUGGUGGCAAUCCGGAUUUGUAUCAGCCGGUAAUGGGUCAAUGCCAUUUUGAUUUUACGUCAUUAUUUGAGGACUUGGAACAGUCGAUAACAACUGACGUUUUCAACAUGCGGUAUCAAACCGAACAGUUACCAUUGAAUAAUUAUCAACCACAAACACAAUAUAGUUUGAACUUACCAAACCAAUCACAGGAUAAUCUAAAUCACUUUCCGACAUUGGUCUCUCCUCCGAAUGAUCGUUCAAGUCUUCCAAUGAAUCAUCAGAAGUCUCUUCUCAACCAAACCAGUACUCCUAUGAAUGUCAACGACUUGAAUCCAAUGAACAUCUACAAUUCAACACAUUACGAACCAUUAACACCGCAUUCUCUUCCAUUCGAUACUUAUUCACCGACAUCAAUGUCAAAAUCAAUCAAUAAUAACAAAAACAUCAAUCAGAUGAUAACGUCAUCGUCCCCAACCAAUCUGAUGAUGAACACGCCGCAAACACCGUCAACGAGUUAUUUACCACCAGUGACAAAUAAACCAUCGACACUGGUUAAUCUUCUUCAUCAGAAACAUCCAUCUGUGGUCGAACGAUCGCCACCCGAGAAUAAAACAACGAAACAAACAAGAAAAACUCCACAACGAAAAACACAAACGAAACGGUUGUCCACAACCACUCAUAAAACGUCUAACAUUCAGCAAAUGCCGAAUCCGAACCAUACGAUGUUAAAUUUUCCUCUAACAUGCAAAUCGAAAACGCAUCGUCCUGUGAGUCGAGCAGUCUCAGAAGAUAUACCGAUGAUGCAACAAUUUAACAUGCCAGCACCUUCAGCAACUACUAAACAUAGUAUGUCCAUACCUGGAAAUCUUUCGUUGUUAAACAACGAUAUGUUAAGUCAAGACCCUUCACCAUCGAACUUCAAUGCUGAGAGUAAACGUCGUCGAAAUAUUAAGAGUGGUUUUGAUAAUCUACAAACAAUAAUUCCUAAACUCAACGAUCCAUUGAAUGCCAAAAUGAGCAAAGCACAGAUGCUCGGAGCUACGGCGAGUUACAUUCAAGAAGUAAUAGAUAUGCGUGAUACAAUGCGAAGAGAACUAGAUAUGUUACAGCGAGAAAAGGACGAAUUACAAUAUAAAAUUUCUCAAUAUCAAACAAGUUUACCCGCUGAUGGUAUGCCUGUUGUCUCCGCAGGACAACGUUCACGUGAAGCAGCGAAUGCACUCUAUCAAGCAUAUGUAGCUGAUCGUACGCAAAAUAACUGGCUCUUCUAUCCUUUUUCAUUAAUACUUCGUCAUCUAUUUGACUCAUUUCAAAACACAGUCACAUGUGAUUCGACUGACAAGUUUCUACGCUCGAUUAAUGAAUGGAAAACUCAUUCGUUGAGCUUAGUUCAGCUAAGACAAGCAGCGUCUCAAGCAGUCAUGGACAUCGGUCAACGAACAUCGUUGAUUACAGCACCAGAGCGUGUACCGGAUGAAUGCGUACGAUUAGCAAUUCGCGACAAUCAAUAG